AUGGCGAGCGCUGCAUCGUCAGAGGCAGACAAGAUGGACUUGUACGGCGAUCUCGAGGCACCUGCUCAGCCAAGCAGCUCGACGGCCUCGGUCGGUGAAGCGACGGCAGCCACCAGUAGUAGUAGCAAGCUCGAGUAUGGCAUGGAAACGUAUGCCGAGGUCUACAAUCGCGCCGAGGCAGCCCAGCGUGCUCUUGAAGAAUUGCGCGCGCGAUUCACCGUUGUCGAGAGCGAGAACAAAAAGCUUGCUCAGCAAAACACCGCGCUCAAGAAGAACAUUUCGUGCUUGUUCAACACGGCCAAGGCGGAGCUCAAACGCCAGACGCUUCAACUCGAUCAACAGCAGAAAGACCUGGACGCACACCGGCAAAGACAGCUGGCUCAGCGUCACCGAGCCCCAACACAUCCGCCUGCCGCCACAUCAGGUGCCUCAUCGAGCAUUCCACCCCAAGAGGGCGCUCGGCACUCCUAG